AAAUAGAUCAAAGAUGGCAAGUCAGGCCCAAUAGAACGGCUACUACGGCGAAUUCCAUGGGCCCAUCACGCUUAGCUAAUCUUCUCUUCAUGCUUCACACGGCAGCAGCUAAAAAAGUAACGACGCACAUCUCCGCCUCUUUCACGACACCGUACGAUGGCCACACACUUUCUGGGGCUCGAACUCGCGACCGACCAACUCCGAGCAUGUAUUCUCGAUGAAAAGCAAGAACUUGUUGGCGUCGAGCGAGUCGACUUUGACACGGAACUCAGCGAGUACCAGACGCAGGGGGGCAUAUUUACGACGCCUGGCGAGGCGUACACAACCCCGGUAGAGAUGUGGGUAAAGGCCUUAGAUAUUCUGCUCGCCAAGCUAGCGUCGUCGUACAAAAUCAAGGAUAUCAAGGCAAUAUCGGGCUGUGCCCAGCAGGCGCUUGUGUGGUGGAAAUCGACACCGCUGCCUGCGCUUUCGUCCUUGGAUCCAGGGUUAUCACUGCCUGCGCACUUCCCGGCGGCCUCGUUCUCGCUGCCGCAGACGCCGACGUCGCAGGAUAUCUCGUCGCACCCCCAUGCGCUGGCGAUUGAGAGCACGCUGGGAGGGGCGGAUGCGAUGGCGCGACGCGUCGGGAUCAGUGCGGGAGGAAAUGCCUCGAUGCUCGCGGCGCAGAUGUUCCGAGUGCGGGAGAUGUGGGGCAAGGAGGUCUGGGUGCGGACGGGGAGGGUGCAGGUGGCUAGUAAGUUUCUCGAGAGUCUCGUUGGUGGCAAGUGGGCGGGCAUUGGCGAGGCUGAGGCCUGCCUUAGUGGGAUGUGGAACGUGCAGAGUGGUGUCUGGGAUGAGGGCGUGCUGGAUAUCGUCGGCGGGAGCAGGGAGGAGGGCCGUCGGGUCCGUGGUUGGCUAGGUGACGUUGACGUCAACGGCGGCGGCAGAAAGGCGGGAUACGUGUCGCGGUAUCUGGUUGACAGAUACGGCUUUGAUCCUGAAACUAUUCUCACACCGUUCACAUCCGAUACACUCUCGACCUUUAUUUCUGUUUGUCCUUCCCAGUCAGAUGCUGUCCUUUCUUUUGGUCCCACGGAUACAUUGAUGGCUCGGGCCCACACGUACAUCCCGUCGCCGAUAUACAAUAUCGUUCCUCAUCCGUACCAAGAACCCGGAGACAAGAAAAAAUACAUCGUGAUGUUGAGCAGCCGAAAUGGAGAUUUAUCGCGUGCUCUCGCCCGUGAUAUGUACACCAAGAGCUGGAGCGCAUUUGACAGACUUGUUGCCAUCGUGCCUCCUGGCGGUUCAAUAGGAUCACCCGAAAUGAAUGUGGAAAUCACGGCUCGUUUUCCUUCCCACGAAAGAGCCGCUCCCACCGAGGUGUCUCCUCUUGACGACAAGUUGUUCUCUUUCUGGCACUUACAGCCAGACACGCCUCCGUUCACCCACAGCAAAGGUGUGCACAGAUUUGAAACCGGUAUCAAGGUCAACGAAUUCCGCGACCUUCGUGCCAAUCCCCGAUGUCUCGUUGAGUCCCAAGUGAUGGGAAUGCGAGUACGAUGGGGCCGUGCUGUCGCUUUGGGAGUGUUUGGAGAGGUCAAAUUACCGCCCAAACCACCACUGCCGCCCGGCCAAGUGCAGCUACCAUCUCCAAUACCCUUCGAUCUGUACCAGACUUCGUACCCACACCUCCCUUCUCGCAUUCUCUGUACUGGAGCGGCGGCAAACUUCCCCAGCAUAGCCAAUUUGGUGUGCGAUGUCUUUGGGAAACCCGUUUAUGUGUGCUUGAGCCAGAUUGACUCGGCACAAAUCUCUCCCCACCGGAACGCCCCUGCUCGCGGAUUCCCUGGGCGGGCGGCCGUCGGCGUUGCGCUCGUCGCAAAAUGGGUAUGGGGCAAGGAAAAUGACAACCGAACUGGGUCUAGGGCAGGUUCGCCAUAUCCCCCCGCUGUGGGGACCUCGUCGUUCGAGGAGGACACGCGGAAAGUGUUCGCUCGACGCUGGACCGAGAGCGGCGGUGUCUGGGCGCGGACCAACGUCAGCAGCAGUGCUGGCGGGCCGCAGAUGCAGGUACCGACCAUUCGGAACGUGCUCCGGAGCGGUACGACUUUAGGCACGUCGAUCGUCAUGGAAGAGGACGAGGAGGAGGAUAAUUAUUUUUUGAACCGAGGGACGAACGCGUAUAUGUAUCCGAACUCGCCGGUGCCGAUGAUCUCGACGCCUACGACGCCCACGGGGACGAUGGCGCUGACGCCGAUAUCGGCGCUGCCUAUCGUGUACCCGCCCGAGAUGGCGGCGCUUGCGCCCCCGUCGUCGUCGCCGUCGCCAUCGCCGUCGUCUGCGUCCACCACGGAGCAGAUGCCUGAUUUGGAUCUAGCGCAGAUCGGGCUCGCGAGGGUUGCUGAUCCUGAUUUUGAUUCAUUUUUGGGGUACGCGAGCAUCGUGUGGGAGUACGUCCGUCUGGAGAGUAUCAUCGUGAGGGGGGGUUGA